GUCCGAGCGGUGUGUUUGGUGUGUGUUGUGUGUGUUGGUGUGAGUCAGAUCGCAGACAUGCCCCGCAGGAGGAAAGAUCGCCUGCGAGCCGGUGUGUGCUUCGCUGCGAUCUUCAUCGUGCUCAUCCUCAUCCUCAUCAUCGUCUGCACGGUAAAGUUCCCGGAGCCGGUUGUGUGUCAGAAGGGGAUGUUCAGGAAAGCAGCUGUGGCUGCAGACUCGCAAAUAUGCUCCAGCAUCGGCCGUGAUGUCCUGCGCUCUGGAGGUUCAGCUGUAGAUGGCGCUAUAGCUGCUCUGAUAUGUACAUCAGUAGUAAACCCCCAGAGUAUGGGCCUGGGUGGAGGAGUGAUAUUCACCAUCAGGGAGAAAAACGGUAAAGUGAAGAUCAUUAAUGCCAGGGAAACCACACCCAAGAAUUUCAAAGCAGAUCUGCUCUCCAACUGCUCCAAUGUUACCGGUGUUCACUGGGUUGGGGUUCCUGGAGAGCUGCGUGGUUAUGAGCGUGCUCAUCGUCUAUACGGACGUUUACCCUGGAAACGUUUGUUUGAGCCGACGAUUCGUCUGGCCAAAGAGGGAGUUAAAAUCUCCACCAUGCUGAGUCGCUAUCUAUCUGUCUUAAAGGACCAACAUACUGCACUGAGUCAGUUGUUCAUGCACCCCAAUGGAACGUUGAUGAAGGAGGGAGACACCGUGAGGUUUGUGAAGCUUGCUGAGACGCUGCAGAAGAUUGCAGACGGUGGAGCUACAGCAUUUUACAGCGGAGACGUUGCUCAGGCUCUGGUCAGAGACGUUCAGGCAGAAGGUGGGAGUCUCACGCUGGAGGAUCUGAGCUCGUUUGAAGCCACUGAAUCAGAAGCCUGGUUUGUUUCUUUGGAUAAAUACGAGAUGUUCUUCCCUCCUCCACCAGCAGGAGGAGCCUUACUCAGCUUCAUCCUCAACAUCAUGGAGGGUUAUGAAUUACAUUCAAACGAUAUCCACAAUGAUAAGAGGGUGCUAACAUACCACCGCUACGUCGAGGCGUGUAAAUUCGCUAACGGACUGAAGCAGUUCAUUAAAGACCCAAAGUUCUACUCCAAAAAGGAAGCACACAUUCUGACUGAGGUCAGGUUUGCUGAUCGUGUGAGGGCGAUGAUCAGCAGCAGUAUUACCCAUGAUGCUCUGUACUACAACAUCACACCACACCCCGACACUCAGGGAACCACACAUAUCUCCGUGCUGGCUGAAGACGGGACGGCCGUGUCCGUCACCAGCACCAUCAAUCACAUAUUUGGUUCGAGAGUUUUAUCUCCUAACACAGGAAUCCUCCUGAACAACGAGCUUGCUGACUUCUGUGGCAGAACAAAACAAAUUCACCCAGGAGAGCAGCCACCCUCCUCCAUGGCUCCGGUGAUCCUCUACUCCCGAUCUGAGAAACACACUCUGGUAAUCGGAGCUUCAGGAGGCAGUAUGAUCACCACGGGCAUGGCCAUGGCGCUGAUGAAUUACCUGUGGCUGGGGAAAACGCUGAGAGAGUCCAUCAAAUCACCUGUCGUGUAUGUGGAUGGAAAAAAUGAACUCUCCUUUGAGCCGGCAUUUGAUAAGAAUGUGAAGAAGGCUCUUGAGCAGGUCGGUCACACCGUCAUCACUCGAUCAUUGUUCUACAACACAGUUAACGCUGUGUCCAAGCACGAAGAUAAGUGUGUUAAUGCCAUUUCUGACAACCGCAAAAUGGGGGAACCUGCUGGAUACUGAACACUACACCACACACACAUACACUCACUUAAACACACUUAUUAACACGCACACACAUGCACACACACACUCGCUUACACACAUUCAUAAACACACUCACACACACAAACACACUCACACACACACCUUACAUUAUUACCUUGUCACACAGUUAAGCUCAUGACUAGAGUAUGUGUUAAAAUAAGAAUGAGUAUCAGAUUAAUCUCAGAUGUUGUGUAUUGUUAUUUAUCUGGAUGUGUAACAAGUCAAGUUAUGGAGGUUUUUAUUUUCGGAUUUCUCACCCUGACGUCCUCCACUCUGACCUUUCCUGGUUUAUUCAUACUCCUCAGCGUGUGGGAUCCUGCGCAGGACGUGUUUACAGAACCCUCAGAGUGUCGGUCAUUAAAACUCUCCAGCGCUCCUUACAGAAAUAAAGGGCUGCGUCAGAUUUAAUCAUUUUAUUUAGGAUUUCGUCUGAUUCUUAAACCUUAAAAUGAUGUUUAGGAUAAAAAUAAAGUGUAGAGAAUCAGAGUCAGUCACUCAGCCAAGACACCAGUUCACUUCAUUUCACGAUAUUUUGAUUUGAUUUAAAGGAAAAACACACAAUU